UACAGAUUAACAGUUUACAGUUUAAUAUUUUUUUUCAAUGCUCAUCAAGCGUCUAAUAAAAUUUUAGCUUAUAAAUUAUUGGUAAACCUUUAGAUCUAUAAUACUCCAUAAUAUAUUAUUAUUAGUUAAACAUAGACUGUUGUUAAGAGAUGAUCUUUACUUGUAAUACCUGUGGUUUAAACUUCCCCACUGCGGAAGAUCAAAGAAGUCAUAUGAAAUCAGACUGGCAUCGUUAUAACUUGAAGAGAAGAGUUGCUCAAUUGCCUCCAAUCGAAGAAGAUUUAUUUAAUACCAAAGUUGCAUCUUUGACCAUAGAUGAUGAGAAUACCAUAGCUGUGAAGCCUAAAGGUGAAAAACAGUUGACUAAGAAAGAUCAAAGAAGAAAGGAAAAAGAAGCUAUACAGGAAAAGAAAAGACAGAUCUUGGAAGUUGCAAGACAAGCUAUGUUAGCUAAGAUGAAAGAAGAAGGCAUAACUGAAGUAACACCAGAAGUUACUGAUAAGGAAGUAGUUGAACCAACCGAAGAAACAGUUGAACAAGUUUUACCUACUGAAGAAGCAUCUAAUUCAAAUGAAGAACUCACUGAAGAACAAGAGGCUGACAAAAUACUACAAGAAAAGAUGAAAAACAAGAUUGAAAUUACUCCAACCACCUGUUUAUUUUCACAACCCAAAUACAAUAAAGUCUUUGAUACUGUUGACGAAAAUAUUGAUCAUAUGUUCAAGAACUUUGGUCUUUAUAUUCCAGAAAAGACUUACUUAGUAGAUAAGGAAGGUUUAAUAGGUUAUUUGGGAGAAAAGAUCAGUUUUGGAUUCUGUAUUGCAUGUAAUUAUCAAGGUAGAAAUGCCGAAGCCGCCAGAGAGCAUAUGAAGCAAAAGAGACACAUGAGAAUACCAUACGAAUCAGAAGAUGAAAAGCUUGAAAUCUCACAAUUUUACGAUUUUAGUUCUACUUAUGCUGAUGUUCCAGCCUCUCCUGCUGCUGCUGGUGAAAGUGACGAAGAUCAAUGGGAAGAUGUUCUGGAUGAAGGUGAAGGAGCCGAAGAUGAUGAAGAUGACGAAGAUGAUUUACCACCAGCAGAUCAAGAUGCUAUUUAUCAAAAUGGUUUAGAACUUGUAUUACCAUCAGGAGCUGUAAUUGGUCAUCGUUCUAUGGCUAGAUAUUACAGACAAAACUUAGCACCUGAAAGAAUAUUAUCUGAAGGUCAAGGUACUGUUAUUGCUGCAGAAACUAGACAUAUGUUAAGUGUCAGAGAUAGACAAGAAUUAGCCACUCAAAAGAGAGUCUGGAGUAGAGAAAAGAAGAGAAGUGAUGUUAAUGAUAGAAGAGCCGCUAAAUUUAUUAAUCAACAAGAGCAUUACAGAGAUCAAUUAUUACAAUAGUUGCUUCAAUAUAUAUAUUUAUACAUAUUUUGUACAUUUUUGGGUAAAUAGUUUUUUAAUUAGGUGUUAAUUAGAUAUGUCAUUCUUUUUUUUUUAGAUAUAGGAUAUUAUUAUACAAGUAUUAUUUUAUU